AUGGCUUCUGUUGAUGCAAUACUCAACCAGCUCUUUCUCUUCUUCCUUCUAUGGCUUUGUACUCUCUCUUCUUCUCAAGCUGGGCACCAUUACUCUGAAUUUAGGUACCCGUUUAUCAAGAAAGCAAGCUCAUUCUUGUCAUCGUCAUCCUUCUCAUCAAGUGGUGUCGGAGAUCAUGCAUAUGACUAUAUAGUUGUUGGAGGUGGCACGGCUGGGUGUCCUUUAGCUGCCACGCUCUCUCAAAAGUUCAAGGUUUUAUUGCUUGAAAGAGGUGGAGUGCCUUUUGCCAACGCAAAUGUCUCUUUCUUAAACAACUUCCACAUUACCCUUGCUGAUACGUCAUCAACUUCUGCUUCUCAAUACUUCAUUUCUACCGACGGAGUCCUCAAUUCUAGGGCUAGAGUUUUGGGUGGCGGUACUUGCAUAAAUGCAGGGUUCUACACUAGAGCAAGCACCAGGUUUAUAAACAAAGUGGGUUGGGAUGAAGAGUUGGUGAAUAAGUCGUACCCAUGGGUUGAGAAGCAAAUUGUUCACAGGCCUAAGGUUGCACGAUGGCAGGUUGCUGUAAGGGACAGUCUUUUGGAUCUUGGAGUGGCACCUUUCAAUGGAUUUACUUACGAUCACAUUUAUGGAACCAAGUUUGGUGGUACCAUUUUUGACAGGUUCGGCCGCCGGCACACGGCUGCCGAACUGCUUGCUUCUGCGAACCCUCAGAAGCUUACUGUGUUGGUGCAUGCCACGGUCCAAAAGGUUUUGUUUGAUACAUCAGGAAAGCGACCAAAAGCAGUAGGAGUCCUCUUCAAAGAUGAAAAUGGAAACACGCAUCAAGCAUUCCUAUCAGACAGCCAGAGGAGUGAAAUAAUGUUGUCAUGUGGAGCCAUUGGCACACCUCAGAUGCUGUUGCUCAGUGGUGUAGGGCCAAAAGCUGAACUUGAGGAGAACAAAAUUUCAGUAGUACUCAACAGCAAGUUUGUCGGGGAAGGCAUGGCUGAUAAUCCCAUGAACACAAUUUUUGUUCCCUCUAAAAGACCAGUACGUCAAUCCCUAAUACAAACUGUAGGGAUUACCAAGAUGGGUGUGUACAUUGAAGCUAGCAGUGGAUUUGGGCAAUCCAAGGAUAGCAUUCGGUGUCACCAUGGAAUAAUGUCCGCAGAGAUAGGGCAACUAUCGACCAUACCUCCAAAGCAAAGAACACCAGAGGCCAUCCAAGCCUACAUUAAAAGAAAGAAGGACAUACCACGUGAGGCAUUCAGAGGAGGUUUCAUUCUUGAAAAGAUUGCCGACCCCAUUUCCACGGGCCAGCUCAGGUUGAUCAACACAAACGUUGAAGAUAACCCUUCUGUUACCUUCAACUACUUUAAGCAUCCACGUGAUCUACAGCGCUGUGUUGAUGGUAUUCGCAUCGCUACAAAGAUGGUGCAAUCAAAACACUUCACAAAUUUCACGCAAUGUGACAAGCAGACCACAGACAAGAUCCUUAACAUGAGUGUCAUUGCUAAUGUUAACCUUAUACCAAAGCAUACCAAUGACACCAAGUCGCUAGAGCAGUUCUGCAAAGACACCGUAAUCACAAUUUGGCACUAUCAUGGUGGGUGUCAUGUUGGCAAGGUGGUGAACCGCGAGUACAAAGUUCUUGGUGUGAACAGGCUUCGCAUUGUGGAUGGCUCGGUAUUUAAUGAAUCUCCUGGGACUAAUCCUCAAGGCACCGUCCUGAUGAUGGGCAGGUACAUGGGACUGAAAAUUUUGAGAGACAGACUAGGAAAAGCAGCUGGUGUUUAA